GUGAGUGUCGGUUUUUCUGGUGAGUACGGUGUGCAGGCUUCAGGCCCCGCUUCUCCACACGCCGGGUUUCUGGGGCCUCCCGGUAAGUGAAAACUCCUGAGCGCGCUCGUCGCUUUCGAUCUGAGUCCGUCCCUUCCGCCUCUCGCGGCUUCGCCAGAAGACUCAGUUCGGUCCCUGGAGUCUGAGUCCGAGUCCGGGUAAACCCGCUGUGAGGCAGGCACGGGCCCCAACUUUCUGCCUGCGGUGCUUAUAGACGUUGACCUCGUGCAGCGAUGUUUUCCUGCUCUGGGCUGCCUUCCUCCCCUUCUCAAACCUUUCUCUGACUUCCGACUUCCCCAGCCCUUUUCCCGCCACCUCCGCCCAGUUCCAUUGUGCAGAGUUUUCCCUCAGGAGGUGGGUGUGCGCCCUUCACCUCUGAAGAGAGCAGAGGGGGAACCGAGAGGCAGAAAUAGAUGCCGUUUAGUGAGGCAUCAGAAAGUCUGGGGAGAAAGAACCGCAAGGAUUGAAACAGAUACUAACAGAAUGGGGCCAGUUUGUAGGAGGAGGAAUGAGAGGGAGGGAAACCGAAUGAUGUGUAGAAAAAAGAAGAGGAAGCACAGAAAUGAACAGAAGGAGAAGAAACGGAGAGAGAGACAUAUACAGAAAACAGAGUGCAUAGUGGUGGAGAAAACAGAGGACCCACACUCUGAAUAAUCUUACCUGAGAAAGAAGCUCAGAGGAAGUGGAAAGAAAGAAGGAAUGGCGUUUUCCCAGGGACUAUUUACACUCAAGGACGUGGCCAUCGAGUUCUCCCAGGAGGAGUGGGAGUGCCUGGUCCCUGCUCAGAGGGCCUUGUACAGGGACAUGAUGUUGGAGACCUGCAGGAACCUGCUCUCCCUGGGUGAGGAGAACGUCCCUCCGGAAGUCGCAGGAAGCCUUUCUGCUGGAUUUGCAAUCAAGGAAUUAGUACCAAGAGAGGCCAUUCAUAAAGAAGAAUUAUACCAUCUGGUGAUACUGGACAGAAAAGAAAGCCAUGGCAUCAAGGAUUUUGACCUCAAGGAAGUCUGGGAAAAUACGCAUGAGGGUGCGAGCACAUGGGGCUAUGCUGCAAGAAAUUAUAAAGAAGUGCCUUUGACCCAUAACAAAAGCCUCAGUCAUAGAGAAGAUCAAGAUGAUAAAUCCUUAAUUAAUUUUCCUCAGAGUGUUUCUGUAAGAAGUAUUAAUAUAUAUGAGUAUUUCAUGCAUGACAAACCAUUCAUAAGAAGUUUGUUAAAAAUGAAACAUAGCAUAAGCAUUGCAGGAAACACAUACAGAAAUUGUUUGGAAAGUGGAGUUGGAGUAAGUUUGCAGGCCCACGUGGCUGCACUGCAGAGACUCCCAACUGAGGAGAAAAUGUAUGAAUACAAUCAAGUUGAGAAGUCAAUCAACAAUGGUUCCUCAGUUUCACCAUUGCGAAGAAUUCCUGCUAGUGUGAAAAACACUUUGUUACCUGCACAAGACAGGAGAGCACACACUGGAGAAAAAUCCUACAACUGUGAUGCCUGUGGGAAGGCUUUCAGCAAAAGCUCAAACCUCAGGAAUCACAAGAGAAUUCAUUCUGGACAGAAACCUUACAAAUGCAACGUGUGUGGCAAGGCCUUUAACCAGUGUUCUAAUCUCACUACACAUCAGAAAGUGCACACAGGAGAGAAACCAUAUAAAUGUGAUGUAUGUGGCAAGGUCUUUAGUCGAAAUUCACACCUUGCAAAUCAUCAGAGAAUGCAUACUGGAGAGAAACCUUACAAAUGUCGGGAAUGUGGUAAGGCCUUUAUCCAACAUUCACUCCUUUGGAGUCAUGAGAAAAUGCAUAGUGGUGAGAAACCUUACAAAUGUAGUGAAUGCAGUAAAGCCUUUGCUGCGUUCAAGCCUUAACAAACAUAAAAAAAUCCAUACUGGAGAGAAACCUUAUAUAUGUGCUCAGUGUGGCAAAGCCUUUACCAUGCGAUCAAAUCUUACUCAGCAUGAGACAAUCCAUACUGGAGAGAAACCUUACAAAUGUAAUGAAUGUGG